AUGGAUACUAGUUCUAUCCUCCUGGCCUUCAGUAAUAUUUACGUGGCCAUAUUUGCCCUCUUCUGCUUUAAACUUUUGAUCAAAGUGUCACUGGCUCUGCUCACUCAUUUUUACAUUGUCCGAGGGAAUCGAAAAGAAGCUGCACGCAUAGCGGAGGAGAUCUACGGGAUAUCACAAGGUUCCUGGGCAGACAGAUCUCCCCUACAUGAUGCUGCAUUUCAUGGAAGACUGCUCACUGUCAAAACACUGAUUGCUCAGGGAUUUAAUGUGAACAUUCUGACAAUAGACAGGAUUUCUCCUCUUCAUGAAGCAUGUCUGGGAGGUCAUGUGUCUUGUGCAAAGGUUUUACUGGAGAAUGGGGCUCGUAUAAACACUGUGACGGUUGAUGGGAUCACUCCUCUGUAUAAUGCCUGCAGCAGUGGAAGUGUGGCCUGUGUUAGCGUGUUACUGGACCAUGGUGCCAACCCAGAGCUGGAAACUCAACUUGCCUUUCCCCUUCAUGAAGCAGUUAUAAGAGGUCACAGGGAAUGUGCAGAAAUGUUAAUAGCUUACGGAGCAGACAUUGAAAAAGAACUGCAAAACAGGGGUACCCCGCUUUAUUUAGCCUGUGCCCAUCAGAAAACAGACUGCGUCAGAAGACUCCUGGAGUUAGGUGCAGAUGUAAACCAUGGGAGACAGCGGGACACUCCACUGCAUGCUGCAGCUAGAAGAACAAGCGAACAGAUUGUCAAACUGCUUAUUGAUUAUGGAGCUAAUGUCAAGUAUAAAAACAUGGAGGGCAAAUACCCCAUUGAACUAUCAGUAUCCAGGAGUCCAGUAGAGCGAGCCCUUCUGGUUGCAGAAGGUCCUGCUUCCCUGGCUCAAUUAUGUCGUCUAAGUAUUCGAAAAGUGUUGGGAUCGUCAUGUCUUCAAGUGGUUCCCCGGCUUCAGUUACCGAACAGACUAAUACAAUUUUUGUUAUAUCGAUAGAUGUUCCUAUAACUACACCAGUGUUUUCCUAACUCCUCUAUGAUCACGAGAUAAACAUGAUUUUAUCAGCGCUAAAACCCCAAAAAUGUGCUAAAAACUGUCUAUCUUUUAGUUUUCUUUUAGUUUUAGUGUCUAUCUUUUAGACAAUUUUCAAGGGAUCUUAACUAUCUACCUCUUCCCAGACACUCAAAAUUAAAACCUACAAGCCACUAACCAACUUGAUGUUAUUGCCAUUGGGAGGAGGGGGUAAGAAACUGCUUGGUGACUGUCAUGAGAAUCUUCUUUAGCUGAGGAUUCCCAUAAGUAAAAAUGGAAGAUUACUAGUAAAUCCAGUCAAACCUUCAGAUUUUAGCUGAACAUGUCCUUAAACUACAAUGCCACCUUGUUAGCAGGGUUCUCUGACUAUAAUUAGUGGUGGGCGCGAAUAAUCAAAUCGUGAAUUUUAUUGUGAAUAUCGCCACUUCGAGAAUUAGCUUUUCAUCUGAACCCAUGACCAGCAUAUUGUCGAGUCGUUCUCCUCCCAAUCUCCCCCCCAUUCCCAAACCAAUAAAGACACAACUCCACAAGUGGAUUUUAUUGGCCACAGCAGCCAUUUUAUUAAUAACAAAAAUACAAUAAAUAAUAACCAGCCCAAGGCCUUCCCAUCUGGAAGGCCUGCCCAAGAACCUUCCCAAGAACACCGAAAAACCCUGAGAAAAAUAUAACAGCACGAGGAGGGUCCUAGGAGCCCCGUAAACCUGACGGGUAACUGCCCCGCCCCCUCAAUUAAAUUACCUCUAGCCGAUAAACGCCAGCUCAGAGGCAUAAACCGGUGACCAUGGGCAACAACCGUGUGCAGAUACCCACCAUAUCACAUCCCAUAAUCCAAUACCUGGGGAGUCCAGAGCCCCCUUGGCUCCCUCCCCACCACGCCAGAGCCACCAUAACCACCAACUCCAAGGACCCACCACUGCCCUGGCCACUAUGACAAGAAACCAGUCCCUGCCAGACCAAACUAAAAUCCACGUCCGCUCAGCCCCAAAAACCACAAACAUCCAGAACACGAGACCACCUCCUGCAAACCGCAGCCCUGUGGGUGGGUGGGGGCUGCUGCAAAUCUACUUUCUCCACAAGAUGGCCCCCUUUCCCGCCCUUGCCACCCUUUAUAAACCCUAUACCCCGCCCCUAGCGCACCGUCCCCGUCCCCCCCAGCACCACCAAUUAAACCCAUAGGUCCCAAAAAACUCCACUCCCUCCAAGUCUCUGUUAUGCCAGGCCUACCCCCAGGCUUGCAGUCCUAAGUCCCCCCAUUCCCAACCCAAUAAAGACACAACUCCGCAAGUGGAUUUUAUUGGCCACAGCAGCCAUUUUAUUAAUAACAUAAAUACAAUAAAUAACAUAAAUAAUAACCAACCCAAGGCCUUCCCACCUGGAAGGCCCACCCAAGAACCUUCCCAAGAACACUGAUUUCCGAUAUGUAAUGACCCCUAGAAAAAAGAGUGUAAAUAAAUGUUUUGCAAAGAAUGUACACUGGUGUUUUUGGCAUAAGUUAUGCCAGAAUUCUGACACAUUUUUUUCCCCGCAUUGUUUUUUUUUUUUUUUUUCAUGAUCUUUCAUUAGUAUUUAUGUGGUUUAUUUUGUCUGCUUGAAUUCACUGGUGAAGAACAUGACAAUCUGGCAAGAGUGUAUAGUGGGUCCUUUAAAAACCGUCAGAGAUGACUCCCUGUCUUACUGUACUCUUACCUUGACAGACAGAACAUGCAUGCUGAGUUCAAUUUAGGCUCUCAAGUCUGCUGGGCUCUGGUAUCUGCCUAGUUUUGAUGUCAGUAACUAGAAUUGAGGAAAGUUUUGGUUUCUCUUGAUUCCUGCUUUUAUGUAUAGAGAACCAAUUAUUUCUCAGUAGCAUGUAGAAGCAGUGGUAUACAAAGAAACUACGCCAGACUAGUUGUAGGAUUGUAGUAAAUAUGGCCUCCAUUGUGAUCGCUCCAUGCAGUACUUCCAGUCUAUAUUUUUGGGAAUGUCCAGCCAUAAAAAUUGUUUAAAAAACACUUAAGGUCCUUUUACAAGGACUGAUGUGUCAGGCAAUUAUCAGGAACAAACCAGGCUUUCCCAAUAAUUGCCUGAUUAGUAGAGGUGUGAAAAACAAAGUGUAGCAGCACAACGGAAAAAAGGGUAAAUACCGUUGCUUAAUGUGGUGGUGCCAGCCGUGUCGGGAGUCAGUCCUGAGCUCCCCCAGACAUAGGUACACUUGUAAAGAAAACCGUAGCAUGUUUUUAAUUAAGUUCUGUACCCAACCUAAUGGCUGUGAUUUAUUAUUUAUUAAUUAAUAUUUUUUUAUCUUUUACAGAAAUCUGCACUAUUGAUGGGACCUGGGGACAUAAACUGAGAAGAGACCGAGAUACAGGAAGUUUACACGGUAGCUAUCUUAUUUGCAUUAAAUUGAAAGAGAUCUUAAAUACCUCGGUUUGUUUUAUCCAAUCGCCCCUUUGGAGGGGCAACCAUAUAGUCUGGUGACAUUUUGGUUCUAUUAGGGCCUAGAGGUAAUUAGAAACAAAAUGUUUCUUAUUAUAUGGAUUCUGAAGUUUAUGCCAUGAUUGGGAGUUAGAGUUACACUACUUUAGCCCAUUACCUAUAUGGUUUAAAAAAAGAAAGGCUGGUUUGAAUAGGACGGCCUGGUUGGGGUUAGGGGGUUAACCCGGGGACGGGUAACCCAACCACCCGACUAGGCUGGUCAGCUGUGGUUGGAAUAGAGGAGGGGCGUUCCUCUUAUCAAAUGGAGGAUACGCCCACCUUGAACUGACUGUUAUGUGCCCGUGGCGGGUACGUCUACCCCAUAUUUCAGGUGUGGUGAGAUGUGCCACCCAUUAGGGCACUAGAGUGGUUCUGUGAGGGAGGGUAAUGACCCACACUUGAUCAGGGGGUUUAUGACCCACACUUGAUCAGGAUGGGGGACGCCCCCCCCCAUAGAAUGAACAUAUGAGCCCUCUACUACUGUCUAACCAUGAAGCUGAACUUAACAAAAAUGGGACCAGGUACUCUACCUUUGAAGCAUGGUUAAAUAGCGGACUCCUAGCUUUUUGAUAUUUUCUGGUACAUUUUUACAACUGGCCCCCAUGGAUCCUGUGGACGAAAGGCUGGGUUGCCAUUAUCAAUAUGGGUGUCAAAUAAGAACAGCUAUUAAUUAUGGUAUAACCAACUGAGAUAUAUAAAAUAAAAUAGAAUAUGCUACUAAAUAAUAUGAAUGCCGCACUGAUCAAACUGAGAGAAAGGUUGCGGCAAUAUAUUAUAAGAAGAGCGAAAUCAGGGCUGUUUACUACGUUUCCAUGGUACCGGCUGGAGACACACUGCGCAGGAACAGGGAGCCUGAUGUCAUAUCCGGUAGCUGCGUGUGUGCGGGGUAUGUUCUAUGCAGACGGCAUGAGAUAGCAUCGCAUCUUAUUCACGAUGGCGCACAUGCGCCCUAGGUAUAGAGGAACGCUGAGCAGAGCAUGUACUUCCGUUGGAUAUAUACUAAAUGGAUGGUCUCCUUAGCGAAAUGUUCCCCAGGUUCUCAUCAAGUACUGCAGUAAGUACGUUCAUUAUGUAUUAUGAAGAAUCAUGUUUGGAAUAAGGUGUUUAAUAGCCCCCAAAGUUGGGAAACACAGAGAGAGGUGGCACAUAUUUUGAAUAUGUCAUUGCUAAUUAACACACUUAAUUGGGUCAUGUGACCUAUCUGAGAGGGUAUAUGUAUUUGGCUUUGUUCAGAUUGUUAGUUGGUUGAAAAAGACCACACAGGUCGAAACGUCGCAUUGUGUUGAUGAAUAAACCUUUGGAAAUUGAA